AUAAUAUUUUAAUACAGAAAUCCACUAAAUAUUACCAUAUAUCUCAAGAGAAAGUUGUAGAUUAUGUCUUGUUCUAUUGCUAAAAAUCACGACUAAUAGUUUAUCUAUAGGGAAUCUAUACCCGGUGACCACAGACGAAUGAAAAAUUAACUGACAGAUGGAAGAUCUCGACAUUCCACAUCGCCUAAUCGCUGCUGGUGAAGAACCCCUUGGAGAGAGGGCUAAUAUUUACAACAAAAUGAAAACUCUUAGAGGCAUCAUCGAUUCGUUGGAUCAAACCGAAAUCCAGUUAAUCCAAGACUCUCCUCUCGGUGGUUUGUUGGAUUUUCCAAACAAGCCUGCUUGGUCUGCGAGUUUCGGUCUUUUUCUGCUUGGUCGUCAGUUGGACAUCGCGAAAUCAAACGAGAUAUGGGUCGUUUAUUCUGGGACGCCUGUUCGAUUCUCUCUCUAUGUCACUGUUGAGCGAGUUAUUACUAUGCUCAAGAAAAAAGUUACUGAUGAUCCAUCCUUGCGGAUUCGCUAUGCUGUUCUUGCACUGGUUGACGGUUAUCUCCUGCCCACAUCUCAUCAUCCCAAAAUUUUGAAAGAGCAUGCCAAAAUGUCAGAAAAUCUAACUUCCUUUCUCACUUACCCCUGGGGUCGUCUGACUUUUGAGAUGAUGAUGAAUUCGAUCAAAGAUAGAGAACUUGAACAGCUCGCAACUACUUCGGUGGUUGUGCAAGGUCUAUUAUACGCCCUGCAGCUUGUUGUCCUUGAAGUCGUCCCUGCUAUACAAGAAGGUCCUCUGUUGGAAGAGACAGUUGGGUCUGAGUCUGAUGAAGAGAGUGUGGAAAUUAUCCCUCAUCAAGUGAACCCGUUUAAGCUCGGAAACGCCAAAGAGCUAGAUCUCAAAUGUCAGACUCUUGUCUCUCCAAUAAUUCAUCCCGAAGCUGUUCUUGAUGAUGGUGAAGAUGUUUCCUGGUCAGAUGACGAAGUAGAUCCGAGGGUAGAUAAGAUUGUUUCUCUGGCGGAGCAAGGUUUCAAGUUCAACAACGAUAUGUUUCCCGGUGGUUGCAUCCCCUCUCAAGUGGUAAAACCCAACUGGUAUAUUAGACGGUCCCACCAAUCCCCGCCGAUUGAGGAGGCUGCGGGCUCUGGUUCGUUUGAUAUGAACGCUCUAUCUCAAUUUCUUUCAAACACCGUGAUAUCUGGCGAGAAUGGGGAAAAAGUUCAGUUGUCUGAUAAAAAUCCUCUAGGCAACUCUGUUGAGGAUGAGGGUGGUGACAGUCUUUUACGUCGUCCCCGUCGCCGGAGCAACCAUGCAAAGGUUUUCUCCCAACCGCCCCAACGGAGUAUCAGUAUUGAUGGCACUGUUGAGGAUAUAGCUGCUUUUUAUAAUGGGAAUUUUGUCGGGGAGUUUAGUGGUUCAAGGCGAAACAAUGUUGAAGUCAAUCAAGUUAAUGGAGAUGGCGGUGUAGCCGAUAACCUUCAGGUUAGCGGGGUAAUUAUGUUCUUGGGUUCUGCCAUAGGCGAUUAUUAAUAUUGGAGAGGUUUACCUGCUAACCAUAUGUUUAUUCUUUUUGUUUAUUACCCGCUAACAUCUAUAUAUUCAUUAUUAAUGUAGUCGGCAAAGGAAGUUAGUCUUGAUGUUCCAAAUGGUAUGACAACAGAGAAGCCGGUAAGCUUUUUAAAGCAAUUUAGUUAUUAGGAGCUACUAAACAAUUUUUAUCUUU